AUGGUAAAAACUGAACAUCAUUAUUCCAUACCAUGGGAAGCAACACAUCAACAACAAGUUGAUUAUUAUAUGGAUAUGCCAACAAAUUCUUAUACAAAUGUUAAUUUAAUUAUUAAUAAUACAAAUCAAACUACUUCAAUAGAUACAUCACAAAAUGUAUUAUCAACAGAAAAAAUUUCUUUAUCAUCAUCAUUAUCAAAUGAAUUUAAUUCAAAAAUACCAUCCAAACAUAAAGAAAUAUAUCCAUGGAUGAAUGAAAAAAAACAUGGAAACAAUAAAAAUAAACAUAAUUCAAAAAAUCAUAAUAUAAAUUCAAAUUCUUCAACAUUAUCUACUUCUGAUAAAAAUAGUUCAGCAUCAUCAAAACGAGCUCGAACAGCUUAUACAAGUGCACAAUUAGUUGAACUUGAAAAAGAAUUUCUUUAUAGUAAAUAUUUAAAUCGUCCACGACGUAUUGAACUUGCACAAACACUUUGUUUAACUGAACGACAGAUCUGGUUUCAAAAUCGUCGAAUGAAAGAUAAAAAAGAGGGCAAAAAUCGAAUAUUAUAUACAAAAGGAUGUAAUACUAAUUUAAAUACUUCACCAUUAGCUAGUUCAACAACAGAAAAAGAUGAAUUAAAUUUUCGUUCAUAUCAUCAUCAUCCUCAUCCUCAUCAUAACUAUUAUCAAUCACAACCACCAGUAGUACCACCUAUGUCUGUAACAUUUUCUACACCAUCAUCAUUUCAAAAUCAAUUAAAUUAUACAUCAUCUCAAGCAAAUAAUUUAUAUGAAAUGACAACAAAUUAUUCUAUAAAACAAUCAGAUUAUUAUACUAAUGGAAAUAAUCUUAAAACAAAUUAUCAUACAUCAAUUCCUCCAACAUCAUAUGAUAAUUAUUAUUUUAAUUCAGAAAAUUCAAGAAUACAUCAUCAUCAUCAACAACAACAGACCGGUUCAAUCUUACCACCAUUUGUUUAG